AGUAUUCUGCAACAGUGACCGGACGAGUACGCUAACGCGGCAUUGCAGAACAACUACUUCAACACCGGCGGUGCCGGUGACGACGGCGGGGGUGGUGGGGGUCGGCGCCCACCACCCGGUGCCUGCACCGAGUGCGGCAGCUUCCUGCACUUUCGUCGGGACUGCCCGAAGAAGAACGCCAAAGGCACCAAGCAGCGUAUGCUGCAGCUGCACGGCAUCACCAAGCCGGGCCGCGGGCACGGGCAGAAGCGUGGCCGUGGAGGCCGUGGAGGCCGAGCAGCAAACGGGCAGCAAGGGCAGAACGUGCAGCAAAUGGCGCAGCAAAUUGCUGCUUUGCAGCUGCAGCUGCAGCAGCUUACGGGCAAUGGGCAGCAAAUGGGCAAUGGGCAGCAAGUGGGCAACGGGCAGCAAGUGGGCAACGGGCAGCAAGGCGCCACGGGCAACGGGCAGCAAGGCGCCACGGGCAACGGGCAAGACGGGCAAGAAGGUCUAUUGACAGACGCCGCCAUGGCGGACGUGUCGGCAGCAGACGGGCAGCAAAACGGACAGCAGAACGGGCAGCAAGACGGACAGCAACCGGGCAGCCAGCAGCCAACGGGCAACGAGCAGCAAACGGGCAGCCAGCAGCAAGUGGGCAGCCAGCAGCAAGUGGGCAGCCAGCAGCAGACGGCAGCAGAUGGGCAGCCGCGCGGCGUCCUGCCGCAUGGCCUUCCGGACGAGCUGACAGCAAAUGCUUGGUCCGGGUCCGGACAGUAAUGGGCUCAUCGACACGAGCGGGCACGAGCUCAGGGUUAUGGCGUACUCUUGACUUUUUACUACUUCACAUGCACGCAAGCUUCUGAUCUGAUCCAGGGCUUUGCCCAUAGAUAGCUCUGCAAAUG